CCAAGCAGCAGUGUGGUGUGUGUGUGCGCGAUAGAGACAAGGAAAGAUGGCGACGCAGGAGAGCGAAGCUACCAAAGCCAUCGAGAGCAACGGCGAGGUGAGCAGUAAUGGGACCGCUGCAACAACGGAUGGCCAGGCUGUGCAGACAGCUGAAAAUGCAGUGGAUCCUCAGCCGCAGCAGCAACCAGCACCUAAUGCAUGGCAGGUCAUUAAAGGAGUCCUCUUCAGAAUCUUCAUAAUCUGGGCGAUCAGCAGCUGGUUCCGUCGUGGGCCUUCAACUCCAGACCCCAGCACUCCAGCCGGGGCCCCCAGAGUACCCAGCAGGAACCUGUUCCCCAAGGACACCCUCAUGGACCUGUACGUGUAUUUGUCCCAAGACGAGGUGUUCACCGACUUCAACAACACAGAAGCCCUGUUCUGGUUCCACAGGGACUUGGUCUACGGAGACUGGACCGUCGGGGAGGAAGGGGACGGCUGUUACGAGCACCAUAAGGAGAUAGACGUCCCAGAGAAUCUGCUGAAGAACGGUUCUCUUUACAUGCACGUCUACUUCACUAAAAGUGGAUUCCACCCCGACCCAAAACGCAAGGGGCAGUACCGCAGACUGGCAACAGUUCAUUCAACACGCAUGCUGAAUAAAUUCAAGCGAAGAAAGUUUAUGAAGACCAAGAAUCUGCUAACGGGCGAGACAGAAGCAGAUCCCGAAGUGAUCAAGCGAGCAGAGAGCCACGGUCCAGUGGAGAUCAUCUCUCAUUGGCACCCCAACCUCACCAUCAACAUGGUGGACGACCACACUGCCUGGGUUAAGGGCUCUGUUCCCCCUCCCCUGGACCAACAUGUUAAGUUUGAUGCGGUGAGUGGCGACUACUAUCCCAUUGUGUACUUCAAUGACUACUGGAACCUUCAGAAGGACUACUUUCCCAUCAACGACACCCUGACAACACUCCCACUGCGCCUCGGCUACUGCCCGCUGUCCUUGUGGCGCUGGCAGCUGUACGCUGCCCAAAAUGCACGUUCACCGUGGAACUUCCUACCAGACGACACCUACGAGCAGUCGGACGAGGACCAAGACUCUGUCAAGGUGGCUCUUCUGGAAACCAACCCGUACCUGCUGGGAAUCACCAUUGUUGUGUCCAUUGUGCACAGCAUUUUUGAGUUUCUCGCCUUCAAGAAUGAUAUCCAGUUCUGGAACAGCAGACAGUCUCUGGAAGGCCUCUCCGUGCGCUCCAUCACAUUCGGAGUCUUUCAGUCUCUGGUGGUGCUGUUGUACAUCCUGGACAACGAAACCAACUUCGUGGUGCAGGUCAGCGUCUUCAUCGGCCUUCUUAUUGACCUGUGGAAAAUCACCAAGGUCAUGGACGUCAAGUUGGACAGAGAGAACAAAAUUGCAGGAGUGUUGCCAAGAUUGGUCUUCAAAGACAAGUCAACAUAUGUGCAGUCUUCAACCAAAAUCUACGACGACAUGGCUUUCAAGUACCUGUCGUGGCUGCUCUACCCUCUGUUUGGCUGCUAUGCCGUCUACAGUCUGUUGUACGUAGAGCACAAAGGCUGGUACUCAUGGGUACUCAGCAUGCUCUAUGGCUUCUUGUUAACCUUUGGUUUCAUUACAAUGACGCCGCAGCUAUUCAUCAACUACAAAAUGAAGUCUGUGGCCCACCUCCCAUGGAGGAUGCUCACCUACAAGGCUCUCAACACCUUUAUCGACGACCUGUUUGCCUUCGUCAUCAAGAUGCCCAUGAUGUACAGGAUAGGGUGCCUCAGAGACGAUGUGGUGUUCUUCGUCUACCUUUACCAGCGCUGGAUCUACCGGGUUGAUCCCAACAGGUUCAACGAGUUUGGCACCAGCGGAGUGGAACGCGUCCCCGACGGCACGGAAGCGGCAGACACCGCUCCUGGCGCAGACGCCGCUCUUGCCACACCCGCCGCCAUCACAGACAAACCAGAGGAGGAGAAGAAGAACGAUUAAGCGAGACCACGCCCUCAUCUGCCUCCCUGGCCCUCACUUCUGGGGCGAAGAGGACUUGUGGAGAUGAGGCAGGGAGGGGAGUCGUCGUUAAGCUGUCAUGGACGCCACUACAAAAAAAAAAAAAAAAAAGUGCAGUUCAACUGUUCCCUGUGAUCUCUGUGUGGAUCCACAGAGAAUCGUAUUCAGUGUAGACUUGGUAAAUUCUUCUUUCUGUUCCCGGCCCUCUCGUUUUGCAGUUCAAGUGAAGUAAAACAAAACGUGAUGUACUGUAUCUGUAUGAUUUUUCAGAGGGUAACGAUGUCUUGGAGUAGAGGUUGGGAGGGGAACUGGUUGCAGUUAUACUACUUAUUUUUUAUUUUUUUUUUUUUUUUUUUUUUUUUUUAUAAAA